AUGCGUCUGGUGUUACGUUUCAUUAUCGUCGGUUAUGUUUUGUGGACGGGACUCAUUGAAGCAAACGGAUAUGCGGAUCUAAACGACAUGGAUCGAUUGAGUGUGCUUGAUGAUCAUCGGAUGGUGAAGCAAAGAUCAUUUGAUGAAUCUGUCGUGUCACCGCGGAAAGACGCCACUGUUGAGCCAAUAGAACGUGUCAACUGCAUGCCGGAGAUAGACAAUUAUUUGAUUAAUAGGACCGCAUGUCAAGAAUCUGGAUGUAUAUAUGACAGAGACGUAGAUCGUGACCAUUAUCCACCUUGCUACUUGCCACGACGGAGUGGUUACGUGCAAAAAGGUGCUGCUGCUGCUGGUAGUUCAAUAACUCUUGAAUCGCUGCCGGAUGUACAAUCCCGGUAUGGAGACAAUUUAUCGCCAAUCGAGUUCAGUGCUGAGGAGAUGAGUGGGAGCACACAAAAUAUACGCAUCAGUAAGCCUGGAAGAUUCGAACCAAAACUUGACAUUCCACGUGGAGUGUACGGAACCGGUGAACAGUUCUCUGUAACGAAAUCGAAUUCAACUGGUGUUUUCUCAUUCAAAGUAAUCCGUAAAUCAACCAACGCAGUUGUCUGGGAUACAUCUAUCGGUGGUAUGAUGUUCGCUGAUCAAUUCAUCCAGAUAGCGGCAUACAUUGGCGCUAAGUUUCAAUAUGGUAUCGGCGAAAACACACAACAAACAUUAAAAAUCAAACUCCGCCAGUAUCAAACAUGGCCGAUGUUUGGAAGGAAUCACCCUGUUGACUCUACUCCUGUCGAUUUCAUCUUCUCGAAUCGCAAAAACUCAUAUGGUGUUUAUCCAUUCUAUGUUGGUAUAGAGGCGGAUUAUAAAGCCCACGGUGUUCUGAUUCUCAACUCAAAUGCUCAGGAGAUCGAACUCGCACCCAGCCCACACGUGAUCUAUCGCACUAUUGGGGGCAUUCUCGACCUGUAUUUUUUCCCAGGGCCUACACCUGAAGAUGUUAUCAAGCAGUACUUGGCGCUUGUCGGUUACCCCGAACUGCCACCGUACUGGAGUCUCGGCUUUCAGCUGUCGAGAUCUGGCUACAGUGAUUUGGAGGAGAUGAAAACAGCUGUUGCGAACGUCAGAAACGCAUCAAUUCCAAUCGAUGUUGCUCAUGCAGAUGUUGACUACAUGGACAUGUAUCAAGAUUUUACGAUUGGAAGCAAUUGGCAAAAACUGCCGGAGUACGUGCAAAAACUGCAUGCCGAUGGGAUGCGUGUGACGCUGGCUUUGGAUCCGACCAUUGCAGCGAAUAGUGUAACGUUUGAAACGGCGUUAUACGCAUUGAAUACCUGCUGGGUGGUAUUGCAGGGUGCAGGAUUUGUUGAAUGGGAACGAAUGGAUCAAGUACCAAAAACAACUCAAAGCCUAUAUCAACUUGCUAAUAACACCAAAAAGAAACAAAUACAGCUGCUCGCCUUCUAUGCACCCGUUGGAACAAAUGAACAUUUGCUGAUUGCAUUAAUUAAGAUAAUGCUGGGUAUUGGUCGACCAAGUGUGCACGUUGCAUUUCCUGACUUUUCAACCGCACGUACAACAAGUUGGUGGGCAAUCGAGAUUGAGAGAUUCUGGAAGAAGGUAAUCUAUGUGCAUAUUCGUUUCUCAGCCACAAAAGUGCUGGUUACCUUCGAUGGUCUUGUGUUGAGCAUGAAUGAACCAGCAAAUUUCCGUACCAACGGCAAAAAAUGGAUAGACGAGUUCCCGUACCAUGAUGACCUCGAACCAUUAAUGUGCCCACUAACUGGUAAUGAUUCAAAUUAUGACGCUCCACCGUAUCAGACGUACGCAGUAUACCUUUACGACCAUAAAGAUCCCCUUUCAUCGAAAACUCUCUGCAUGAUGGGGAGAACGUCGCACGGUCCACUUUAUGACACCAAGAGCAUUUACAGUUUGCACGAAACACAGGCAACAUCUUAUGCUUUAAGCAGGUCUUCAUUCCCGUCUACGAGUCGCCACGCUGGCCAUUGGCUAGGCGACAAUUAUGCUGACUGGCAUUCAUUGAAAGCAUCAAUUGUUGCCAUUCAAGAUCUUAGUAUAUUCGGUGUGCCGUAUGUUGGUGCUGAUAUUUGUGGUAAUAUUGGUGAUACAUCAGAGGAGUUGUGUCUUCGAUGGCAGCAGCUUGUAUAUCCGCCAACAACUUUUAGAAAUAACAACGAUAGAUCGUCUGCACCACAAGAACCAUCCCAAUGGUCAUCUGUGGCAGCAGCAACUCGUCAAGCAAAUCUCUUCAGAUAUAACUAUCUUCCAUAUCUUUAUACGUAUGAAAUUCUUAUCUGUACACGUUUGCUAGAAUUAAUGUUACACAUUUCAAUCACAUUGCUGUAUAAAGUUGCUGUGGUUGGUGGAACUGCGAUUCGACCAGUUUUCUUUGAAUUCCAAAAUGAUGACGCCGCACUUUAUUGCUCAUAUCAGUUCAUGUGGGGCCCAGCAAUAUUGAUCGUACCAGUAAUUGAACAGGGAGCGGAGAGAGUAUAUGCGUAUUUGCCGCGUAAUGCUACAUGGUAUUCAUUACGAAAUUCUGACUAUGGAACUAGGAUGAGCACUGGGUUUCAGUAUGUGGCUGCACCACUUACCCAGCUGAUUCCUGUGUAUGUUCGAGGUGGCUAUAUUGUACCUCGUCAAGCUCCUGGAUUAACAACUGCACAAUCAAGAAAUAAUCCCUUCGAAAUACUCAUUGCACUUGAUGAUGACAGGUCGCGACCUGCAUCGGGUACACUAUUCUGGGAUGAUGGCGAGAGUUUGUUGAAAGACAAAAAUUAUUGUGAAUGGAGUUUCAGUGCCAACAUAACACCACAAUUAACCAGUGUCACUAUCAAGCGUAAUGGUCCCAAAGUUCCAACUGACAUCCCAACCUUAGACAGAAUUGAAAUAUUUGGAUGUCGACAUACACCACAGUUCGAAUCAGCAAAACUGAACAAUCAGUCAAUCUCAAUAACAAAUUGUUCCACACACGAUAGCAGUAAGGGCGUGAUUACAAUCAGCUGUGAACAGCUCCUUAAACUAAACAGUUCUGACUCAGAAAUGGUUCUGACUUGGUCUCAUACGUACGUUUGUGAAUGUUUUUCCAGUUUUCACCUUCUUUUCGCCGUUUCCUAG